AUGUCUGCUCAACAGCCGAUCAUCCACAGCAUCUUCGAACCGCGAACAAGCACAUGGCAAUAUAUCGUCGCCGAUCCAAAGACCUUGGGUGCGGUCAUCAUCGACUCCGUUCUUGACAUCGAUCCAGCAACUCUAAAGCUCUCAUCACAAUCAGCGGACGGUCUCCUCCAGAUUGUGCGCCAGCAUGGGUACCGGGUUGAGAAGAUCCUGGAGACCCACGCGCAUGCCGACCACGUCACAGCAGCUGCUUAUCUGCAGAAUAGACUCGAGUCCGAAUCUGGUCGACGACCCACGAUCGGUAUUGGUCGUCGCAUAGUACAAGUCCAGGCGCACUUUGGUGCGCAAUAUCAGAUUGCCGCCAGUGAAUAUGAGAAUGCCUUCGACCAUUUAUUUCAAGACGACGAAAUCUUCCAAAUCGGCGCCCUGCAAGCCAAAAUCAUGCACCUCCCCGGCCACACUCCUGACCAUGUCGGCUACCAAAUUGGAGAAAAUGUAUUCGCCGGCGACUCAAUUUUCAACGUCGAUGUCGGUUCUGCGCGUGCAGACUUCCCCGGCGGGUCCGCAGAAAGUCUCUAUUCUUCCAAGACGAAGAUUCUGAGCCUGCCUGACAAUGUCAAGCUCUGGGUCGGUCACGACUACCCGCCAAGUGGACGAGACGAUGCGCUCGCUUGUGCCACCGUCGCGGACCAUCGCGCCCAAAAUAAGCACUUCAAGGACAGCAUCACUAAGGAAGAUUUCGUCGCACUUCGCUCGACUCGCGAUAUGACAUUAUCCGAGCCCAAGCUCCUGCAUCACGCUCUUCAGAUGAACAUCCGUGGUGGCCGCCUGCCGACGCCCGAUGCGUCCGGAAAGCGGUUGUUGCAUUUGCCUCUCAAGAUGGAUGCUUCAGCAGAUCAAUUGUUCGGGAGCAAUUUGUAA